UAAGUUCAAUGUAAUUUUCUCUACAGUAUUACGUGAGUGAGUGUGAGAACAAUGUCUGAAAUAGAGCAAAUUGAAGAUUUGUUGAAGAAACAUAUAGGAGAAAAUAAGUCCAUCGUGGAUGUAAAGAUCGAGAAUUUGGUAGCUCCAGGAGAAAAUUAUGGGGGAGAACUUCUUAAACUAGAAUUUGUUACGCGUCAUGAAGAAAAAGGAACAGAAGAAAUUCAUUAUGCAGUGGCAAAGAAAAUACCUCCAAAUGAAUUCGCCCAAAAAAUGUUCAAUAUUCAACAGACAUUCAAAGGUGAAAUAAACUUCUACAACAAAGUUGUACCGGCUCUUCAGAACUUUCAGCGUGAAAAUGGAGUCAAGAAUGUUCUUGAUUGUUUUGCAAAAUGUUAUGGAGCUAGAAUAAAUUUGGAUGAAAACAGUGAAGUUGUUGAUAAGAAAGCGGUUAUCAUGUUAGAAAAUUUACAUAUUUCAGGAUUCAUGAAUGUGGAUCGCCACGUCGGGUAUGAUUUCGAAUCAGCUGAACUACUUCUACGAGACUUAGCCAGUUUACAUGCAGUUCCAUUGGCCAUGAAGCUGAAAGAUCCGGAGAUGUUUGAAGAUAAAGUUAAACGUUACUGUGUGAAUACGCUUCAUCUCGAAGAGUCAGAAAAAGAUAAGCACGCCAAAUUUUUUUCACUUUUCAUCCAAGAAAUACUUUGGGAAUCUGACAAAUGCAGUUCUUUCAUACCAAAAGUAAAGGAGAUACUGAAAGCCCCAAUACAGUUGCAGCCUGAAGUCCGAGAACCUUUCGCUACCUUUUCACAUGCUGACCUGUGGGUGAACAAUGCCAUGAUCAAAAUGAAAAAUGGCACACCAGUAGCGAAUAAAUUUGUCGAUUUCCAGAUAUACACUUACGGGUCCCCUGCUUCGGAUCUUCUGUUCUUUUUAUUCACCAGCGUGCGGCUGGAUGUCCUAAAGAAGGACCUGGAUACUUUAAUAAAUCACUAUCAUUCGGAAUUUAUCAAAAACUUGACUGAGCUUGGAUGCGACACGACACCUUUUCAAUUACCUAAAUUCAAAGAGGAGUUGGCUCUCGAAGCUAAAGGUUCGCUGGGACACAUUUUGAUGUUCCUUUGUAUGGUUAUUUUUGGUGAGAAGAAUAAGGCUCUCACGCCUCCACCCCAAAACGGAGAACCACCAGAUAUGACUAGUAACUUAGUCAGAGACGAAAUGAGAAAAAACAUUCAUUCCAAAGCUAAAGAAAAAAUUUGGUUCACAAUACAAUCAUACGGGAGUAAAGGAUGGCUGUGAGAAUUAGGAACUGAUUACCAAUUAAAUAAAUUUGCAUCUACUUAUUU